AUGUUUGAAUAUAUUAAAUCGUGGUUCGUUUCACCUCCAGUAUCGCCUGCAAUAAAGGCUGAAGUCCAAAGUUUAAUUGAUAGUAACAAAAUCUUAAUUUUUCUGAAGUCAUAUUGUCCAUACUGUGAUUCUACCAAAGACUUAGUCAAGUCCUUAACGUCUGACUUUAAAGUGGUUGAGUUGAAUACUUCCGAUAAUGGUAGAACGAUGCAAGAUGCUUUACGUGAAAUGACGGGACAAAGUACCGUUCCAAAUAUUUUUAUCAAUAAGAAACAUAUCGGUGGCAAUUCAGAUCUCCAGGCCUUACAAGGAACCGGCAAACUUAAGCCAUUAAUUCACUAA